UUGUGUUUGUAGGCAGUUACAUGAAGAAUACUUCACUCAGUUUGUCGUAAGUCAGGCGUUAUGAUGUUUUUUCACCAGUCUCGCCGUGAAAUAGCUGCUAGUUAGCGAUGUUAAGACUGUUGAACAAGAGGAGGAGGUGACAGACAACAGAACAGACACCACUUGCUGUCCAGAAAACAAGCAGUUGCAGGCAGAAGCAAAUCCCGGAACUUGUCGGAAACGAGCUAACAUUAGCUAGCUUUUUGUUGACAGUGUGCUUGCUGUCAAACCGCAACCUGGCCUCAUUUAAAGUUAACUGUCGUCCGCUCGAGAGGUACUUCAGGACUCGUGCCCGCUACCUUCAUUUAGUAGCUUUCUGAAGUCGUGUUUGAGGCGAAAUUUGGUAGAAGUUUCCGUCACUUUGAGCCACUUGUAGAUGCAGGGGAUGGCAUCAAGAGGAGGCUUCAACCCGAUGAAUAUGAAUGUGAGCCCCAUGAAUGUGGGGCAUGCUGCGGGCAUGAGGAUGCCAGGCAUGCCCCAACCUCCGGCCGGCUACUCCCGGAGCAUGAACAGCGCUCCCCAGUACCCACAGCGCCCAGGGAUGCCCUCUAACAGAGCGGGGGGCCCCAUGGGGUCGAUGGGGGGCCAGCUGCCUGGUCCGUCUUACGGUGGUGGGAACAUGUCCAUGCGGCAAGGCAUGGGGCCUCCAAGCAUGGACGCCUCGAGGAAGCGGUUCCUUCAUCUGCAUCAACAGCAGCAGCAAGAGGCGCUGGGAGGCCUCAGACGAGGGGCAAAAAGGCGCAAGAUGGCUGACAAAGUUCUCCCACAGAGGAUCCGAGACCUGGUCCCAGAGUCCCAGGCCUACAUGGAUCUCCUGGCCUUUGAGAGAAAACUGGAUCAGACCAUCGCCCGAAAGCGUAUGGAGAUUCAAGAAGCCAUCAAGAAGCCCAUUAUGCAAAAACGCAAGCUGAGGAUCUACAUUUCUAACACGUACACCCCCAGCAAGCCGGAGGGCGAGGAGGCCGAGAAGGUGUCCUCUUGGGAGCUGAGAGUGGAGGGAAAACUUCUGGAGGAACCUGGUAAGCAGAAGAGGAAGUUCUCAUCUUUCUUCAAAAGCCUUGUGAUUGAGCUCGAUAAGGAGCUCUAUGGACCUGACAACCACUUAGUCGAGUGGCACAGAAUGCCCACCACUCAGGAGACAGACGGUUUCCAGGUGAAAAGACCCGGAGACGUGAAUGUUAAAUGCACCCUCCUGCUCAUGCUCGACCACCAGCCCCCUCAGUAUAAACUGGACCCGCGGCUGGCUCGCCUGCUGGGUGUGCACACACAGACACGGGCCAGCAUCAUGCAAGCCCUCUGGCUCUACAUCAAGAACAACAAGCUGCAGGAUUGUCACGAGAAGGAGUACAUCAACUGCAACCGCUACUUCAGACAGAUCUUCGGCUGUUCACGCAUGAGGUUCUCUGAGAUUCCCAUGAAGCUGGCUGGCCUGCUGCAGCACCCUGACCCCAUCAUCAUCAAUCACAUGAUAAGCAGUGUGGACCCCACAGAUCAGAAGAAGACAGCGUGCUAUGACAUUGACGUUGAGGUGGAUGACCCACUCAAAGGCCAAAUGAACAGUUUCCUGUCCUCUACAACCAACCAACAGGAAAUCGCUGCACUGGAGAUGAAGAUUCAUGAGACGAUUGAGUACAUCAAUCAGCUGAAGACGGAGAGAGACUUCAUGCUGAGCUUCAGCAAUAAUCCACAGGACUUCAUCCAAGACUGGCUCAAGUCUCAGUGCAGAGAUCUGAAGUUGAUGACGGAUGUGACAGGAAACCCAGAGGAGGAGAGGAAGUCUGAGUUCUACCAGGAACCCUGGGUGCCAGAGGCAGUGGGCAGAUAUGUUUACUCCAAAGUGCAGCAGAGGAGACAAGAGUUGGAGCAGGUGUUGGGUAUCCGACUCACCUAAAGACAUCUUCCAGUUUUAAGCUUAUUCAUCAAAUGUUGAUGUUAUUCAAUCACAAUUGGAAUUUGCUUGGUAAGAAAAAAGAAGCUAACGCUGCAAUUCAAAUAUUCACAAAGCCAUGCUCGCUGAAAUGGUGGGAUAUAUAAAUAAAAGACACCUGUUCUUAAAUCAACAAAGUUCAUAUGGGACCAAAGUGAUGAUUAACAUGUCCCUAAUAAUAUGUUUGCCUUGCAUUUUCUGUCAUUUUGAGCCUGUUCAAAUAAUCUUUGUCUUGUUUUGCAAUAUUAUGUGUUUAUGGUACAUUAUGCUUAAAACACUUUAAGCAUUGGUGCUGUUCAGGUGGUUUUCACCAUCACAUUGUGUGCUAUUUUUUUUAAAAGGGUGUGUGUUUACCUUCACAUUUAAAAGCCAUAACCUUCAGAAAAGAACAAUACCUGAUGGUAGAAUUUAGGAAUUUCAUUGAAGAAAAUAUAUAUAUCAAGACUGAAAUAUAUAUAUAUCUAUAUUUAAUUUCAAAAAGACAUUUAGAAAAUAUGGAUUAUAUUCUAAAAAGACAUAGGAGAACGUUUCAUGACUUGGAUAGGAACUAUUAAGAAGCCUUUUUUUCUGCCAACAAUGAUUUCAGGUGCUGUUUUUUUCAUAUUGGUGGAUAUAUCAUUUGAAAUGAAACUUUGCUGUGUAAGAAAGCAAGACGUUCAGGACAGUUCUGCUUUGGGAAAGGAUUAAGCUCCUUAUUUGAGUCCAUGCUGUCCUUUUUUUGUACUUGGAUGUUUACAUGUUGUUUUCAUUUGUUAUUUGGGUUGUCGGGGUUAUUGUUUUAAAGCCAGGAAGAGGGACUUUGAAGAUCCAUACCUCCCAAGAAGGUUAACUGGUAUUAAUAAAAUAGGAAUGCAGUUGUAGUGUGUCAACUAAACAAUGCACCAAAUUGUUGUGUAAAGUUUAUAGUUUCUUGAGCUAAAUUUUCAUUGAAAUGUUAUUUCCUUAAGGUUUUCUUUGAGAGGUUUUUGUGAAUUUCUUUAAACAUUCCAUGUUAACAAAUAUCACUGUGCCAAAAUUUGUUUUGUAAAGAAGGCACUUAGAAUUUGAGAUUCUUUUUUUGUGCAGCCUCUUUGUAAAAUGUUUGCAUGUCGUUGUAUCAUUCAAAGGCCUUUAUCUUUUAUACAUUUGGAGCAUUUUUUUUUACAAUAAAUAUAUACUU